AUGUCUAAAAUACCAAGCCGGCAGGUGGUCAUUGUCGGAAUCGACGCAAAUGCGAAGAUGGGACUCGAACAGCAAUCCGACGUGCUAGGAAAAUGGUACUAUGCAGCGAAGCGCACGUCGGACAACGGUGACCGUCUGGUCGACCUGUGCGAAGAGACGGGCCUCAUCAUUGCUUCCACGUUUAAGAGGAGUCAUCGACGCCAUCAGCUCACGUGGCAGGGGUCAACCCUUUUAACGCCUGAAGAGCUGCGCAGGCGGAAGAUGAUGACUCUUAAGCUUCAGCUCGACUACGUUCGAGGAACAGGGAACAGAGGCGAGGAACAUUCCACAGUCAGACAUCCGAAAAUCUAG